CGUUCUAUAAGGGUCGCCCGCCGGAGCAAUACCCUCAGCGAUCUUUUCGCUAAAUCGAGACGUUUCACAAGAUGCAACAACUUUCACGACCAAGCUUCCGAACACCAACCCGAUUCCCCUCGUUUAACCGCAAAAUCUCGAAUCCUAGCUCGAUUCCCCGACAAGGUUUCACGGGCAUUCCGAGAGCAAGGCGGGGAGAUGGCAGGAACCCCGAAAGGGGGAGCAAACCCAGCUCUUCUCAAGAGAUUGAGAGUAGCAUUUACAUGAUGCUUACCAUUCAUCGAUGGGAGUCACUGAAUCACAUGGACUACAAAUUGGCUAAACUUAGAAAGGUUCAUGGAAAACUAGCUUUGAAAUUUCUAAAUUGGAUCAUCCGGCACCAGGGCUUUGAUCAGAUUACUCACAUAUAUGGUAUCACAGUCCAUAUACUUGUUCGGGCUCGGAUGUUUGAGCCUGCAAAGUCCAUAUUGAAACAUCUUUCUCAGAUGGGUAUUCCAUGUUGUUCCCUUUUUCAUUCGCUUAUGCAUACUUACCGCCGUUGCAAUUCCAAUCCUUCAGUUUUUGAUCUUUUGAUUAAGGUUUACAUUAAAGAAGGGCUGCUCAAGGAUGCUAUGAAGACAUAUCGGUUGAUGGGGUCCCAAGGAUUUGGGGCUUCAGUUUAUUCUUGCAACGCCAUUCUUGCAACUCUUGCAAGGGAGGAGGGAAUGCCUUCAGUUUGGUUGUUCUUCAAGGAGAUGCUAACAAGGAAGAUCUGUCCCGAUGUCAGCACUUUCAAUAUAGUACUGAAUUCUCUUUGUGUUGGCGGAAAGCUUGGGAAAGCUAAUUGUCUUUUUAAAAAGAUGGGAAAGGCUGGCUAUUCACCGAAUAUUGUAACAUAUAAUACACUGCUUGAUUGGCAUUGCAAGAAGGGAAGGUUUAAGGCUGCUCUUAAGGUGUUGGACUGCAUGGAGAGAAAAGGCAUCAAGGCAGAUGUCUACACAUAUAACAUACUUAUCGACAACUUAUGUAAAAUAAAUAGGAGUGCCAGAGCUUAUUUAUUAUUAAAAAGGAUGGAAGAGAAUAAAGUAUCUCCCACUGAAAGCACAUACAAUACUCUCAUUAGUGGCUUCUGUAAAGAAGGGAAGAUUAAUGUCGCUACUCGUAUUUUCGAUGACAUGCUAAAUCUUAGUCUUUCUCCAAGUUGUAUUACUUACAAUACAUUGAUCAAUGGGCACUGUCAAAAUGGAAAUACUGAUGAAGCCUUGAGGAUUUUAUCUGAAAUGGUUGCUGCAGGGGUAAUGCCUAAUGAGAUUACUUAUGGGACUUUAUUGAAUGGUUAUUGCAAGGCUUCAGAGCUGGAUGCUGCGACAGAUCUUCUCGAAAAGGUGAGGUCGGAGGGUCUUGAUGUCAACUGUAUAAUGUACACAAUCUUAAUACAUGGGUUUUGCAAAGAGGGACAGCUUAAUAGGGCUUUACAAUUUCUUUAUGGUAUGCUUGAGGCUGGGGUUAGCCUUGACGUUGUCACAUAUUCUGUACUUAUAAAUGGUUUGAGCAAAAUGGGUGAGUUAAGCCAAACAAAGAAGAUUCUAGCGAACAUGCACAAAACUGGAGUUCUACCUAAUAACAUAUUAUAUGCAACAUUAAUUUGUCAUUGUUGCAAGGAUGGAGAUGUCAUGGAAGCAAUGAACUUGUAUGCUGAGAUGUGUCGUGUGGGUCAAUACGCUGAUCGGAUCACCUGUCACAAAUUGAUUUAUGCUCUUUGUAGGAGGGGACAGUUGAGAGAAGCAGAGCAGUUCAUGGAACAUAUGACCAGGAUGAAGGUUUCUCCUGAUUCCAUCAGCUUCAAUUGUAUAAUAAAUGGUUAUGGCUGUCGAGGUGAUGCACUAGGAGCAUUUUUCAUUUAUGAUGAAAUGAUUAGACGGGGUCAUCUUCCAAAUAAUAUUACAUAUGGAAGUUUACUUAAAGGGUUAUGUAGGGGAGGAAACUUGAGUGAGGCAAAGAAGUUUUUGACUCAACUUCAUGAUAUUCCUUUUGCUGUUGAUAAUCUUACCUAUAACACACUGCUUGUAGAGAUUUGCAAGUCUGGAAACUUAGGGGAUGCUCUGAGUUUAUGUGAUAAAAUGAUUGAUAACAACAUGAUACCUGAUAAUUACACUUACACAAUUCUUCUCAGUGGCUUUUGCAGGAAAGGGAAGAUUAUUCCGGCAGUUCUUCUGUCUCAAAAGAUGUGGGAGAAAGCAUUGUUUCCUAAUCAUGUCGCUUAUACUUCUUUGAUCCAUGGUUUAGCAAGAGAAGGCCAACUAAAUGCUUCUGCAUACCUGUUUGAAGAGAUGAUGAAUAAAGAAAGACUAUACCCUGACACUGCUGCUUUUAAUGCUAUGAUUGAUGGGUACUCAAGAGCAGGAAUGAUACAAAAAGUGGAUGAGUUGGUUACAGUGAUGCAGGAAAAAGGUCUGAAUCCAAAUCUAGCUACUUAUAACAUUCUAAUGCAUGGAUAUGUCAGAAAAUGCCAUCUACUAAGAUCAUUUAACCUGUACAAGACAAUGUUAAGGAUGGGUUUUUUGCCUGAUAAUCGCACAUACCAUUCCUUAAUUCUUGGACUUUGCAAGUCUGAUAUGAUGGAUAUUGGGGUGAAAUUUUUGGAGAAGAUGAUGUCAAGGGGUGUUAUUCCUGAUGACUUGACCUUCAAUAUGCUUAUUACUAAGUACAGUGAGAAAAGUCAGAUGACCAAUGCUUUCAAACUUGUUAAUUCUAUGAAACGUUUGCAAAUGUCACCCAGCAGGGCCACCUAUGAUGCUAUUGUAAGUGGAUUAAAUAGAAAAGGUUUUCUGCAACAAUCAUAUGUCGUGUUGCAUGAAAUGAUGGAAAAAGGGAUUUCUCCAAAACAUACACAUUAUAUUACAUUGAUUAACGGGAAAUGCAGGGUUGGUGAUAUAUGGGGGGCAUUCAGACUGAAAGAUGAGAUGGAAGAGUUGGAGUUAGUGCCCAGUGAAGUUGCUGAGAGCACAAUUGUUAGAGGCUUGUGUAAGUGUGGAAAGCUUGAAGAAGCAAUGCUGGUAUUUGAUGGCAUGCUUCGGACAGGUGUGAUGCCAACAAUUGCUACUUUCACUACUCUUAUGCAUGGGCUUAGCAAAGAAUCUAUGCUUGCUGAUGCUUUGUUUUUAAAGGAUGUGAUGGAACAAUGUGGUCUGAAGCUAGAUGUUGUUACCUACAAUGUUCUUAUCACGGGAUUAUGCACCAAUGGUCAUCUUGCUGAUGCCUGGAAAUUGUACAUGGAGAUGAAGGAUAAGGGCCUUUGGCCUAAUAUCACAACUUACACUGUGCUCAUCGAUUCUGUUUAUAAGGAAAAUAAACUUACUGAGGGAGAAACACUUUUGAAGGAUAUACUAGACCGAGGCUUAAUAUCUUCCCAAAAAAAUAUCAGUAAUUUGCAUGAGGGUUUGGCAAAUGCAAUGAGAAGAUUGAAUAAUUUAAGGCAUUGUCGGAAAAGAAUUAAUACAAUGAAAUAAGGUGGGGAGCAACAUUUAUUGCAUCAUUGCAGUUGUUUGUUUCUUACGUGUUGCAAUUCUAUAAAGGCCAGGAAUAUUCAGAGAUGUUAAACUCAAGACUAAAGUGAAGAGAAGACACAAAAAUCUGAACUAAUACUCUUUGUCACUGCUGAUGAUUGCCUGGGUUCUUAAGAAGCAAUAUCUACAAACUGCAGAAUAAGCUGGUCAUUCUUGCAUAUACUUUUUUUAUUGCCCAUAGAAGAAGACAAUUUUCGUCUGAGCAUAAGGAUUGCCUGCACAUCACGCUUGCACUGUAAGUCAGUUUCUUGAUAUUGUUUUGGCUAGUGCGAAAUUGCAAAUUGAUUAUUUUGUGUUCCUUCACCAAUGAGGACCCACUACAUGAUGCUUUCGACUCUUGACUUAUUGAUGGCAUGAGGUAUGCCCCCACAACUCAUCUUUUUGAGAAAUACUGGGGUUGAUUUGCCACCCCACAGGAUUGGACCUGGAACCUCUCCUAAGGAGAGAAAGGUGUCCAUCAGCUAAGCUAACAGCUGUUGGGAUAUGCCACCACAUCUCUUAUUCUCAUAGGGGUAUUAAUAAUGAUCUAGCAUACUUAUAACUGUUCCAUUCUUUAUGAGGUUUACUGUUCCUUUAUACAAUAUUAAGUAUUCUUUCCUUGUGUUUAUACUCUUUUCAAACUUUUCUGUUUACUUGUAAAUUGAAUUACUAAGCCUGCUUAUAUCUGGAAUUUUUACUUAAAGUGGAAAACUGCAUUUGAUGAUAGGAUAUAAAACUGUAUACACAUCUUUGAAGUAAUUAGAGCGAACACAACUAUGAGAAGUUAGAAAAACCAAACAUGCAAGUACUUUCAUGCUGUUGUAGAUGACACAAGCGUUUUUCUUUUGGCCAUUCAUGGCUGUCUUGUUUCUCUCAUGGCAGUCAUGUCACUACAAAGCAAAAUGAGCAAAAAACCUCUCAAGAACAAGCCGCCUGAUGUACUUCGUAGUUCAUGUAGGAAAAAAUUAUAAGUUUAGGGAAUGAAGUUGAUUAUUAGCCCUUAGAAGGGACAUCCAACCAUUCACUGGAGACUGGAGUAUGUGAAAAGGUAGGCAAGGCUGCAAAGCGGACUAGAAGGUGGAUGAUGUUUAUGCAGGAAAGCCGUCUUUGGGCUUUUUAUUCACUUCCACAAGUUUUAGCUUUUUGUGCAUGUAAGUUGUGGAAAUGGGCAGCAAAAUAUGUAGUUGUUCAGAAUGCUGCCAGAAAUUCUCUUAAUGAAAUAUUUAUUAGAUAAGUAAGUUAAUCUCAAAAUUGAUCGCCAAUGGAGAAUAGGAAACUCUAAGUUCCUGAGAUUUUUUUAUCUCGGAAUGAAAACCAGCAUCCUGGAAUUAAAUUCCAUGACCUUGAGUUUCAUUUCCUGCACUACUUGAUGGCAGUCAAUGCAUGUUAGACUCUAAUAUAGUAGUUUAUUUUUUAGUAACUGGGUUAAGCCUUUUCCAAUACACUUGAACUCUGCCAGAUUAUUAAAUGCAGUUCUAUCUUAGGACAUGCCGUCUUAGUUUUGUUCUUUACAUCGUUGUUUUAUCUUUUAUCAAAUAAUCAUAAUAGUGAAAAAUAGAAUGAAUUGAAGCACAAAAUUCAUCAGGAGUAAGAUCAAUCUGAGAAGUGGCCACUGCAACAGCCAUCCAGUCUUCAUUUCUUAAAACAGCACUGAUACAUUUCCAAACUUGAGCUACCAAAAAACCAUUCUCUACAACCAUCUAUAAAUGGUGAGAUCAUGUUCUCUGUGUCCUACCUUAUGUGGAUUGACCAAGAACACAUAUUAUUGGAAUAUAGGAAUCCUCUAUCAAUUUUCUAGAGCAAUACAUGCUCCAUUAUGCUGAAUGUUAAACAGGUGGCAAGCAGGUGCUUACCAGUUGUAAUUGUUCCUCUAGUGCCUGCUUCCUACAGAUGUUGGUAGCUUGUGAAUUUUGUGGUAUGAACACCUGCCACCCAAUUCCCACAGACCAUAUACGAAGUCUACAUUAUGAGAGAUUGAUUUGGAUGGUAUCGGUGAUAUCAGCUUCAUGUCUAACUUCUCUGUUAAAGCAGGUUGCAUGCAACAAUUGUAUGAACCAGAUUAUUUGAAAUUGACACCUACUAUAUUUCUUUCAAGUUCUUUGAUUUGAUGCAUCUGUCAUACCAGGUGGUGGUUUGCUUUUGCCAUGCAUUUCACUGCAGACACCAAUCUUGUGAAUUUUGAGGGCUGCUGCAAGGGGGUCAUUUUUAUUGAGAAUUUUAGAUGAGACCACAGGGCAUGCAUAGUCAUGUGAGUCUGACUUCAGUGGGAGAUCUUUGUAUCUCAUUAGGUGAGCAGAGCUAAGUGAGUUCAGGACAUUGACACGGUGAUGGUGAAGCAACAUUUGUUUGUUGAAGGGACCUAGAAGUCUUCCAUAUGCUGGCAACCUCCGAAGGAUAUUUUGUUAGGGAAUCUGGACAUGGAGCUAGUUAGGGACCUGCUGUCGAUAUGCCUUCAAGACUAAGUUCAAUUUCUAAUUGCAUACUUGGAAAGGCUAGAUCAUUACAACCUUACAGCUUCUUCUGAAAUAAGUUAUCAUCAAUACUACUAAUUUAUGAUAUAAGUUUGAGAUUUGGUUUUCAUAAAGCUGUUUUCAGUUUGGUGGUUGUUUGUUUACUGUUUCCCUGAGAUCAUGUUGUAUUGAAAUUUCAUGUACCUAAUUCACAUGGAAAUGAAUAUUAAUGCAUCGCUAUAUCAAUUCAUUGACUGAUGAUUUA